UAAGGCAAAGGAUACGGCGCAAUAAGAUAAAAAGGGGUCCGCCGUCCGCGCGACCCGCACAAGUUAUUUGAAAGUGGAAGUGAAGACAUUUGGUAACAUUUCAAAAUGGCGUCCUUGAGCUACGUGGUUAUCGCAGCUGUGCUGGCGAGCGUCAUGGCUGAUCUACCUACACAUGAUCAACUGAGAACAAUGUUCAAAGCAGCGAGAGAGGCGUGUAAAAAUGAGACUAGAGAGUGCCAAGACUUCUGCCAGAUCACGAACCUCGGAAUUUUGGACAAAGAUGGUGGUGGUAGCUACGUGGAGAGCGAAGCAAUUAAGGCGAUGGCAAUCAUGGUCCAUGAGGGCAUACUGAAUCAAGAACAAGUUAACAAAAUCGCUAAAACGUGCAACUCCGGUAAUGAACGAGAAUAUAAAGACAGGAUGCGAGCGCGGUCUGCAGGUGUCCCGGUGCAUUGAUGACGAAAGAUUCAAGAUCACCGGCAAACGUCAAUAAAUUCUGGCGAAUGAAGUGAAUGAGAACGAAUCAAGAACGAAUGGAAGAUCUUAUGUUAUCUAAUAUUCAUUUUUAAAUUGUAUAUGAUCAGUUCAGUAAUAAACCAUAGUAAUGCAAAGAAA